AUGCUGUUGUCAUGGGGACAGAUCCUCCUUGUAGGGGCGGGACCUGAGAUGGGUGACAUCACCCCCAGGGGACGUGGGAGGAUGCGGAACCGGAACCGACAGCAGGCGGAGCCUGGAUGGGUCUGGAGCAGGCAGUGCAGGCAGCAGCUACCAUUCACUCACCUGGUCCUGAGCGCUCUGCAUCCCGGCAGCGGCAACAGCAUCCGGGUCUGGGAGGGGAGAAGAGCUGGCACACGCCAAGCACUGCAGCUGGUACCCAGCCCAGCUCCACCCCUCCUCCUCCUGCCAUUCCAGCCUCCUUCCCCCAGCCUCCACCCGCUUUGUUCUCCAUCCCUCCCCUCCUCCAUCUCCCCUCUGCUGCAAGGAGCAUCUUCCGCUCUCGCCCCUCCGAGGGCACCAGGCCGUGCAGCCGCUGGCCUGCCCAGGGGCCCGUGCACAGCACUUUGCAGCUAACUUCGUGCCCUCCAGGACGAGUCCCAGGCCAAGGCUCCCGUCCCCUACUGUGGAGGCUGAGCUGGGAUGCUGUUCUAGGGGUGCCCAUGGUUCUCACCCUGCUCGUCUCCAUCUAUAAACUGUGCCGUUUUUUUGCCAUGUCCAGUUCGGAGAGGGUGUCGGUGCCUGAGUACAUGAGCCAUGCGUGCUUGUGGUCCGGGGCGGGGGCUGCCUGCAACCACCGAGAAGUGUCCCCUGGGGUGAGCACGGAUGUCCAGGUGGCUCUGGAUCGGAUCCUCCCUGAUCUGCACCUGGCCAUUUCCUCCAUGAAGCAGGCAGCCGACCCCGAGGAUCUCAGGAAGGGGAUCACAGAGAUCUUCCAGCUGGUGGAGGAAGCCUGGGUGAUGCCCACCCUGGGGAGAGAUGUGGCCAAAGCUCUGUGUGAUGUGAUCCGCCUGGAGGGGGGCCUGGACCUGCUGCUGAACCUGCUCCAGGCAACAGAGCUGGAAACCAAGUGCCAGGCGAGCAAACUCCUGGAGCAGAUCCUGGUGGCAGAAAACAGGGACCGGAUUGCCCGGAUUGGGCUGGGGGUGAUCCUGAAUCUGACCAAGGAGCGAGACAGCCCCCAGGUGGCACGCAGCCUCUCAGGUAUCCUGGAGCACAUGUUCAAACACACUGAGGAGACCUGUUUCCAACUCAUUUCUGACGGGGGCCUGGACGCCAUCCUCUACUGGUGCCGCUGGACCGACCUCGUUGUACUGCGCCACUGCGCCAUGGCCCUGGCCAACUGCGCCAUGUACGGCGGGCAAGCCAACCAGCGACUGAUGAUCGAGAAGAACACGGCAGAGUGGCUCUUCCCACUGGUGUUCUCCAAAGAUGACGAGCUGAUCCGCCUGCACGCAUGCCUGGCCAUCACAGUGCUGGCCACCAACAAAGAGAUCGAGAAAGAGGUGGAGCGGUCGGGGACCCUGGCACUGGUGGAGCCCUUCAUCGCCUCUCUGGACCCGGAGCAGUUUGCAUGCGACUUGCUGGACAGCAGUGACAACAGUCAGGGAAGGACAGCAAAGGACCUGCAGCAUCUGGUGCCCUUGCUGGACAGCUCGCGGCUGGAGGCGCAGUGCAUCGCACUCUUCUACCUGUGCAUAGAGGCCGCCAUCAAAGCCAGGCAGAAGAAAACCCAGAUUUUCAGUGAAAUUGGGGCUGCCCAGAGCCUGAAGAGGAUAGUGUGUUACUCCACCAACACCACUGCCUCAUCGCUGGCCAAGAAGGCGCUGCGCAUGAUGGGUGAGGAGGUGCCUCGACGGAUCCUGCCUACCGUCUCCAGCUGGAAACCCAUCGAGGUGCAGACGUGGCUGCAACAGACUGGAUUCAACAAAUACUGCCAGAGCUUCCUGGAGCAUGAAGUGGAUGGGGACUUGCUGCUGCGACUGACAGAGACGGAUCUGCGGGAAGAUCUGGGGAUGGCCUCUAGCAUCAUCCGGAAGAGGUUUUUCCGGGAGCUGACGGAGCUGAAGACAUAUGCAAAUUACUCCACCUGCGACCGCAGCAACCUGGCCGACUGGCUGGGCAGCGUUGAUCCCAAGUUCCGCCAGUACACGUACAACCUGGUGACUUGUGGCAUCGACCGCAACUUCCUGCACCGUGUGACGGAGGAGCAGCUGCAGGAGGACUGCCAUAUCGAUGUGGGCUUCCACCGCGUGCGCAUUCUCUCUGCCGCCAGGGAAAUGCUUCACUCUCCCCUGCCGUGCAGUGGCUGCAAAUCCACCUCCGAGGGGCCUGACGUGUUUAUCAGCUACCGACGGAGCACUGGCUCCCAGCUGGCCAGCCUGCUGAAGGUCCAUCUGCAGCUGCAUGGCUUCAGCGUGUUCAUAGAUGUGGAGAAGCUGGAGGCGGGGAAGUUUGAGGACAAGCUGAUCCAGAGCGUGAUGAGCGCCCGCAACUUCGUGCUGGUUCUCUCGCCAAACACGCUGGAUAAGUGCAUGGGGGACCCUGACCGCAAGGACUGGGUGCACAAGGAGAUCGUGACGGCCCUGAGCUGUGGGAAGAACAUCAUCCCUGUGGCUGACCAUUUUGAGUGGCCUGAUCCCCAGGAUCUUCCCGAGGACAUGAGGGCUGUCCUGAAAUUUAACGGCAUCAAAUGGUCCCAUGAGUACCAGGAGGCCACAAUCGAGAAGAUUAUCCGCUUCCUCCAGGGCCGCUCAUCCCGGGAUUCUUCAGCUGGCUCAGAGAACAGCCUGGAGUGUGCAGCCCCUCUCGGGCAGACCUACAGCCAGGCAGGGCCGCCCCAUAUCCUCUAG